AUGAUGGCAGGUAAAUCGAACGACCGGGGUCUGAUGCCUCUGUCUGCUUCCCCCUCCUGCUCCCCUCGUCGCUCUGAAGAUUCACAACCUCGAACAGACAUUUCGAACACGUUCAGUGACACCGUCAAGCUCGAGGUUGUCCGCUUAUCUGGUGCGAAUUGUUGGAGUUGUUUGAACAACGACCCUGAAUUCGCCCAUGUUGUUGCACAGAAAGAUGGUCAAGCCCAUUAUUGGAUCCAAGCCGGUCUGUUCCCGUUUUCAUUCAAAGCAGCGAUCAACUGUAUUCCGCUUUGUUCUUCCUGCCAUUGUGCUUUCGACCGCUCCUAUGACCCCUGCUGGGUGUUCCUUCCGACGGAUUUGAACUUCUUCAUACGACACGAAAUUGAAGAUCAGCUGCGCCGUGCCCAGGUUGGUUCACCAUCUGGCCGAAUCGUCCCAACCGUCAAGAAGUACCAUGAUCACCUCGCCUUAAAAGGCCUAGUGUCGCACAACGCAACUGGUGGACUGUAUCGUGGUUACUACCUGGAAAAUUUCCUCCACGAUGGGUACACCCCCGUCAACUUUCUCGAAUUUCUUACUACCUCCAAGCCGUGGCACGGACACCCAUUGGCUGCGAUUCGACGAGGGAUCGCCAUAUUAGGAAGUGCCCGCUGUUAUGCACUUGACCGCACCACGAUAGAUGAAUUAACCACGCUGCGCCGUUUGUAUUUCGAUGACAAAAAUCUCAUUGAUAAGAAACUUGUGCAAUUGUACCACCUUCCGCCCGCUGACCACAAGAGAAAGAGGAGCGAUGAUGAGUCCGACCAUAAUGAUCGCAAGAAGCUCGCCACCGACAAAGACAAUCACGGAACCGCCCAGAACGUCCAGGAUGCCCAGAAUUCCCGGGACGUUGAGAAUGCCCAGGACGCACAUCAUGUCUACUCUCUAGCUGAGGUUUCGGGCCUGGAUGUAGGCGUUCAUACCGAUGUCUAUGCCAGUACCGAAUGGGUUUUUGGACCCAGUGCUACAGGAAAUGAUGCGAUCAACCGAUUUGCGCCAUUGCUACAAUCCACGGACGUCAUCAAGCUGCUUAGCUGA